AUGACAGGACCCAUCCGGAAAGCCUGGCACAGAGCAACAGCCAGGUUGAAAGCCGAUAUUUUCAGCGCCCACGAGGAACUGCUCCUUGGCCCCAGCCAUGUGCUCCCUUGCAGUAGGAAUAUCCUGUGGUAUUCCUACCUGCAAGUGUCGAAGCCCAACCAGGGGCUGCCCCGAUUCUUCUCCAAGGCCUACCUGGAUGACCAACCCAUCGCUCGCUAUGACAGCCACACCAGGAAGGUGGAGCCUCUGGUGUCCUGGAUGGAGAAGGUGGAGAAGGAGGAUCCCAAUCACGGGAAAGAAGGGAAUGAGAUGUUGCUGGCCACCGGGCAGGUCUUCCAAGAUGAAUUGAGGAGCGGGCCACCCCUGAACAUUCUCCAGGCGCCACGGGGGUACGUCCUCCGGGAGACGGGGCUUCACACCUGGCAGGCGAUUUUGUGCUGUGAGCUCAGGGAAGACGAAAGCAAAGGAGGGGUUUUGCACUAUGGCUACGAUGGGAUGGACUUCAUCAGCUUCGAGAAGGAGACCCUCAGAUGGGUGACAGCUCAGCCCCAGGCCCAGAAGGUGAAGGAGAAAUGGGAGGAGGAUCCAGGAUGGUCCCGGAGAAACAAAAUCUACUUGGAGACCUGUAGUAAGCAGUUGCAGAGCUAUUUGUCCUACAGUAAGGAAGCUCUGCAAAGAAUAGAGCCCCCGGUGGGGAAAGUGAUGCACAAGACUGCCAGUGACAAGGUGAAGGUCCUCAUCUGCCAGGCCUUUGGCUUCUACCCCAAGGAGAUCCAGGCCAUCUGGAGGAGGGGCGAAGAGGAAUGCAAGUAUGAGACCCUCCAUAGGAAUGUGGCCCCCAACCUGGAUGGGACCUAUUAUGUCUGGCUCAGCAUUGAGAUUGAUCCCAAGGAGAGGGACCUCUUCAGCUGCCACAUCAAACAUGACAGCCUACAGGAGCCCCUGGUCUUGUCCUGGAAGGAGGAUCCUGAUGAGAAACUGCAAAACUGGGGUAGGUAA